AUGAUCCCGAGAACCUCCUUUGCGAGAACUGCCCAGCAAGCCGCUCGGCGACCCUGCAGCGUCCAGUCCCUGCAGCGCCGUGGCUUCGCUGCCGUUGCUUCCACAGGUGCCUUCGAGACCUCGGACGUCUCUGGCCUCAAGGUUGCUUCCCGAGACACCCAUGGCCCUACGACGAAGCUUGCCAUUGUGGCCAAAGCCGGUACCCGCUUCCAGCCGCUGCCUGGCCUGACCAUCGGUCUUGAGGAGUUUGCCUUCAAGGCAGGUCAACCGCUCACCUUGAGGCGACCCAACACCCAACGACGAUCCGCCCUGCGUAUUACGCGCGAAUCUGAGCUUCUUGGCGGUCAAUUGUCGGCGUCGCAUACCCGAGAGGCUCUCGUUCUCGAGGCCAGCUUUCUCCGUGAGGACCUGCCGUACUUUACCGAGCUGUUGGCCGAGGUGGUGUCCAUGACGAAGUAUACGACUCAUGAAUUUCACGAGGAGGUCGAGAGGGUUCUGCAGCUCAAGCAGGCCGCCGCCAACGCCGACGUUCAGGCUCUGGCCCUCGACAAUGCCCACGCCGUCGCUUUCCAUACCGGUCUCGGUGCCCCUGUCUAUCCUUCGUUGUCGACCCCCUAUCAGAAGUACCUGAACGAGGAGUACAUUGCCAGCUACGCCGACGUCGUCUAUGCGAGACCCAACAUUGCCGUCGUGGCUGAUGGUGCCUCUUCCGAGUCCCUUUCGAAGUGGCUCGGUCAGUUCUUCAAGGAUGUCCCGGCUACAUCGCAGAGUGGCCAGAGCCUCAAGAUCGAGACGUCCAAGUAUCAUGGCGGUGAGCAGCGGACGAACCAUGCCGGUGGAAACUCGAUGGUAAUCGCCUUCCCCGGCUCCGACAGCAAGGGCUCGAAGCCCGAGAUUGCCGUCCUUGCGUCCCUCUUGGGCGGCAAACCUACCAUCAAGUGGUCUCCAGGCUUCAGCCUGGUCUCCAAGGCCACCGCUGGAUCUGCUGGCCUCUCCAUCUCCUCCUCCAACCUGGCCUACUCUGACGCUGGCCUCCUCGCCGUUCAAAUCUCCGGCCCUGCCGCCUCCGUCCGCAAGGCUGCCGAGGACACUGCCGAGGCCCUGAAGCGCGUGGCCGAUGGCUCAGUUACCAAAGACGAUGUCACCAGGGCAAUUGCCAACGCCAAGUUUGAGGCGUUGGAGCAUUCGCAACUGCGUGGACCCAGCAUGCUCCUUGCCGGAUCAUCCCUUGUCAGCAACGGAAACCUGUCCGAUCUCACUGCUCUGGCCAAGGGCAUUGACUCCGUCACUGCCGAAAAGCUGAAGACUACCGCCAAGGCUCUCUUGGAUGGAAAGGCUACUGUCUCGACUGUCGGUGACCUGUUUGUGCUGCCGUAUGCUGACGAGAUCGGUCUGCGGGUGUAG